AUGUUCCUAGACCUAGUCUUAACGUGGAAUGACAACAGUUCUACCCCUGCAGCACCAGGUAAGGAAUUUUGCUUAUUCGAUAUCAUAUCGACUGAAGAUUUAUAUUGGGUACAGUUCAGUUUUUAUAAUUAUUAGAUACUUUUCAAUGUACUUUAACAUUUUUAUGAAUUACCUCAAUGAGUGUAGUCUUUCUCAACUUUUCAUUCACAUGUCGUCCAUUUUUGAUAUAGAUCAAAUAUUUCAUCCAGCUUUUUGCUUCACGAGUAAAUGUCGGAUCGUUUAACCAGAGCCAAGCAUUUGGCCAUGCAUCUGUUAUGAUUAAGAGUAUCGUGCAAUAUCAAUCCGAUUGAAUUCAUGAAUGCGGAAAAACCUCCUUUAGUGGAGAGGUAGUCUUACUUUGAAUCAUUCUGCAUUUAAAUCAUCUUUCAUUGAGCAUUGAAAUAGUUUGGAUAACAAUAAACAGCUAAACCGAUUUUUCUCUUUAGUCCCACCGAGCAUAUCCUUGCCAGCUGUUGUGGAAGCCUUCCCAGGUUACUUCGUGACAAUUCCGGUGACUGGAACUCCACCGACAUACACAGCAAUAAUAAGAAAUUCUACAGUGUUGGUAAACACAACAGGAACUGCAGCCUUUCGGUUCUAUGAAGAGUCGAAUUGCACUUGUGUGGCCUCCAGCAACUAUGGGUCUGAUGUAAAUGAAUUCUCUGUGAUUUUAAAAGGUCAGGUGAUAUCUUCCACAUUACGAAUAUUCUGUGCUUAA